AUGAACAGCACAAGGAAGAACCAGUCCACCUCCCUCGACCAGGAAAUUGACUUGGCCUCAAUAUCUUUUACCACAUUUCUACCAUCCUUGCAACGGUGGCUGGGUAACGGUGAUUCCAACGGACAAACAUGUGGCCAUUUUGCUUGCACCAAUUGCCAGGCUGACCUCGCUCCAAAUGAAGGAAUAUCAGUUCACGCUGGUUCCAUCUUGUCUAUGAGCUCAACUCCUUGGCAAUGUCCUUUCCUUUGUACUGACUGCCAUGAUAAGAGGGAUGGAUGCAAUGGAAGGAAAACGGAGAAGUUUAAAGUAGCAUAG